AUGGGAGUCUCGGAGUCUCCCUUGUCCAUGGCUGAUUUGAGAAAGAAAAUGACACCAUCGGCCAUAUUCAGUUCUGAACAAGAGUUGGUAAUGCAGGCCGCCUUUAUUGCAUUAAAGCUGAAAGAGAAGAAGGCUGCUUCUGUGAAAGGAUCUACUCGUCGUCCUGACAUGUCUAAUGGCGCUGCCAUCGCUGAGCUUUGCGACCUAUGCGCCAACACUUCCCCCCUGAAGGAUACUACUACCAAUGAUCCUUCUAAAAAUGAGAGCUUUUAA